AAGGGAUCCUCGGGAGCAGCGCGCAGCCCGGGACGCUGGAGGCGGAGUUGCGCGCAGGAGCACGGGAGCCCCUGGCGGUGGGAACGUGGCUUGCGCGCCGGACGUAGGGGACAGCCACCCGAGGGGUCCGGGGCUUGCGGGGUCCUGGGCUCGGGCUCCCCAGGGGCGGAGUCUUGCUCUCGCCACGCCUCUGACCCCGCCCUCCAGGGCCCGCCCCUGCUCGCUCGCGGGCGGGUCCCUUCCAGCCGGGCCAGCGCGGCGCUCUCCCCCCAGGGUGCCAUGGCCUCCCGGCUCCUGCACCGGCUGCGACACGCCCUGGCCAGCGAUGGCCCCGGGGAGGCGGCCGCGGGCCCCGAGGCCGAGCAGUUCCCGGAGAGCUCGGAGCUGGAGGACGACGAUGCCGAGGGCCUGUCCUCCCGCCUCAGCGGGACCCUCAGCUUCACCAGCGCGGAGGACGAGGAGGACGAAGGGGACGACGAGGACGACGAAGCCGGCCCCGACUCGCUGGCCUCCGGGGAUGGGACGUCGGGAGAAGACGCAGAACGGAGCCCACCUGAUGGGCAACGGGGCAGUCAACUCCUGGCCCGGCAACUGCAGGAUUUCUGGAAGAAGUCUCGGAACACCCUAGUCCCACAGCGGCUGCUCUUUGAGGUGACCAGCGCCAAUGUUGUCAAGGACCCUCCCUCCAAGUACGUGCUCUACACCUUCGCCGUGAUGGGCCCAGGAGAUCGCCAGCCAGCCCAGAUCUCUCGCCGCUACUCAGACUUUGAGCGGUUGCACCGAAACCUACAGCGACAAUUCCGGGGUCCCAUGACUGCCAUUUCCUUUCCCCGUAAGCGCCUGCGCCGGAACUUUACUGCAGAAACCAUUGCCCGCCGUAGCCGGGCCUUUGAACAGUUUUUGGGCCACCUGCAGGCAGUACCUGAGCUACGUCACGCACCAGACCUUCAGGACUUCUUUGUGCUGCCCGAGCUGCGGCGGGCGCAGAGCCUCACUUGUACUGGUCUUUAUCGUGAGGCCUUGGCACUCUGGGCCAAUGCCUGGCAGCUGCAGACCCAACUGGGCACCCCUUCUGGCCCAGACCGCCCCCUGCUGACUCUGGCUGGGUUGGCUGUGUGCUACCAGGAGCUGGAAGAUCCUGGGGAGGCCCGGGCCUGUUGUGAGAAGGCUCUGCAGCUGCUGAGAGACAAGAGACCCCACCCUUUUCUGGCACCCUUUCUAGAGGCCCAUGUCCGGCUCUCCUGGCGCCUGGGAGUGGACAAACGCCAGUCGGAGGCCCAGCUCCAGGCCCUACAGGAGGCAGGCCUUACCCCCAGCCCACCUCCCAGUCUCAAGGAACUGCUCAUCAAAGAGUUGCUGGACUGAUUCCUGUCUUAAGGCCAGGAUGAGAGAGGGGCUGCCUCAGGUUCAGGGGAUGGGGACACUAAUG